CCACGAGACACAAUCAACGGCAGCAUUGAAACGUACCCCACCUAGAAGAGGUCGCCCGUAUUGAUUGCUUCAACAUGUCCUCUCUUUUUACGGCAAGGCGGAAACCCAAGCGCAUCGUGCGCGACGAGAGCGAAGCGCAGGCAGACGACGUCGAAGAAGUUACUUCUUAGCUAUGGAUCAGACCAACACUGAUAAACUCUUCUUGCAGACUCUGGUCCCGUCGUGCGACGGCCGACUGGCAAUGCGCCACGGACAAAAUCCAAACUGCGCAUGUCCUUCAACCCCGGAGGAGGCGAAGACGAAACCCCUCGGAAAGAAGGAGGAAGAACAGCGACAGGGGUCGGCGGCGGCGACGACGAUGACGAUGACGGCCAGCCCACCUACACACCAAAGCCAUCCAGACUAGGUCUGUCCAACGCCGCACAGUCUCUCCUCGACCGAGGUGAAGGACAAGACCACGACAGAGUGCGUGACAAAUUCGAGGGAGACCGGCCGACCUACAGUAAAGCCUACCUCGACGAGCUGCGAAACUCGACACCUUCGACACCUCACGACCUCUCUUCCGCCCGCGCAAGUCCAUCUCUAGACCUGAUCGACCCGUCCACCUCGAACACGGCCCUCGACCUCGAAUCCAAAUUCGGCAAGACGACACUCUCCUCCUCGUCACACAUCCCCUCCGCGGCCGAGAUCCGCGAGAAGAAGGAACGGCGAGCGCGGCUGGCGAAGGAACAGGCGGCCAACGCCACGUCCGGCCCAGGCGACCACACCGCCGGUGCCGACUUUAUAUCGCUGGAAGAUUACGAUUCGGACGGCGAGUUCAAGCCCCGCCGCAUGCAGGUGGGAAUGUACUCUGCGCCGCCGCGAGAAAAGGACACGCGCCUCGUUCGUGACGACGAGGACCUGGCGGAAGGGUUUGACGAGUUCGUCGACGACCCCGGCCGCGUCACGCUGUCGCGCAAGGCCCAGCGCGAGCAGACGCUCCGCGAGCGCGAGGCCAUGCGAGCCCUCAUCGACCAGGCCGAGGGAUCCGGCGCGUCGUCGGGCGGCGAGGGAGGCUCGGACUCGGACUCGGACUACGACCGGCACCGGCACUACGAGACGGCCCAGACUCACCGCGGCAUGGACGGCCUGUCGUCGCACGCCGCGCACACGAGGCAGGCGAACCGGCCCCGGCAGCCGCGCGAGACCACCGCCAUCCCGAAGCUGAGCGCCGGGCUCGCCAGGCUGAGGGACACGGUCUCGCACCUCGAGUUCGAGAGGGCCCGCGUCGAGAAACGCCGCGCCGACAUCGCGCGCGAGAGGGCCGACAUCAGACAGAGCCAGGCUCACAUCCAGACCAGCCUCGAGGAGGCCGGCCAGGAGCUCGAACGCGUGACCAAGGAACACCUAGCAGCUGCCUCCUCUUCUGCUUCCGGUGGCCAGUCUCAAAGUCAAAGUCAAAGUCAUACCCUGCUGCCUGCCAACGGGUCUCUGUCGACCACAGACAGGGAGAGAGGCUUGGAGUCUUUGGGGAGCUCUGGUGGGUAGCUCACCGUUGGCCUCCAUCAGUCACUGUGACGAGUCCCACGUACAUCUUCACAAAAAGGGUAUCCGUG